AAGAAAAAAAGUGGCUCCGGGUCGAGCGACACGACAACUUUCAUUCAGGCGUUUGUUGGGCUUUAAUUUCAAGACACGUGAAUCGGUCGUGGAGACAAACUGCUGCCGCUGCUGUAGCUGUUAGGGAGUAGACAUAGGCUGAGAGUCGCAUCUGCUCUGCCUUCAACAUUUCCAGUGGUCCCUCAACUUGCAGCCGAGCCGCGCCAGCUUCUCCGGCGCCGCUCUCCUGCCCGGCUCUCCCUGCCUCCUCAACCGGGAUUGGAGCUUUGGGACUGUUACCGAGACACUUCACCGGGACGCGGCAUUAAGCAGUGAUGGCCUCAGCUGCGCAGCUGUGCCGGUGAUCCUGCCGCUGCACAUAGGGAAGAAGCAGAGACGCCUUGACAACCGACCUACCUUCCUCUUGCUCCAAAAAAAAGAGAGAGAGAGAGAGAGAGAGAGAGGGAAAAAAGAAAACACACCAGCAUAAACAAAUGCGACCAUGUACAGCGUGGAGGACCUCCUCAUCUCUCAUGGAUACAAGCUGCCCAAGCAUACAACCUCCUCCACCCCUACCCCGGUCCCCUCAUCCUCGUCCCGCCAGCCUCCCUCAUCUUCGCCGCCGUCCUACAGCAAAAAACACCAUGAAAUCCUGGAGAACAGACCUGGCUCCAGGACAGUGAAUGGCUACGAAAGAGGUCCCGUGGUGACCUGCGGGAAUGGCGGCGGAACCAGGCAGCCCCAGGCGUAUGCCGGCAACUGUCCCAACAACAACAAUGAACCCAGGGACAGGAGCCAGCCAAGACGAGAGGGGGAGAACCGGAGCCAAACUGACUCCCACUCCUUGGGAGAGUCGCUGACCUCAGACAGCGGAUUUUGUGAUGGCACCAGAGGUCCUCAGCCACAGUCUAAGGACGUGUCCUAUUGGAGGAGGAGAGGCCAGGACUUCACUGUGUUGCUGGACUAUGCUGACUUCCGAGAGCCCCAUGGAGGGGGACAUGGGGGUUACAGUAGGCCAGAAGGUCCUCAGCAAGCAAGAGGCCAGGAGCUAUCUGCAGAGGAACGUCAGAGGGCAGCUCAGGAGAGACAGCGCUGGGCAGCCCAAGCCCAGGCUCAGGUCCAGGCUCAAGCCCAGGUCCAGGCCCAAGCCCAGGCUCAGGCUAGGUCUAGAGAAAGGGAGGCUGCUCUUCAUCAGUGGAGAAUGGUGACGGAGAGAAAGUGCCAGAGCCUCGGGACAGAUGAGUGGCGUCCAGCUGUGAACUUUAGCCGGCAGCUGUCACAGAGUGAAGGAGAGCGCUGGACACAGGAGCAGCAGCGCCUCCAUGCCCGGACACCAGACGGCAUGGUAGUCCAUCCCAGGACCAAAGCCAAAUCCCAGUCCCUGCCCAGGAUGUUACAGCCUGAGAGCCUGCAAUAUGUAGACAUAGCUGCUUCAGGUCAGGAACUGUACAGGCGGGUCAACGGUCACCCACUGUCACACCAUGACCUUUACAGGCCACCCCGAUGGCCAGAGAACGGCAGGCCGGCUAGCGCUAACCAACUCUCAAUGACGCCAAAGCCCCGCUUCACUCGACCCCCCAGACCUCCCUCUUAUGAGAUGCACCAGCAAAUCAGGGGAAGCUGUGAGGUGUUGUCUGGCAGAGACUCGGUCAUUCCCCAGGCCAGGGACAGAACGCCGCUUCCCAUAUCAAGAGCAGGUGACCCCCAACUGGACUAUUAUGCACAGGACUCUGGACCUCCAGGAUAUAUCCCUCCCCCAUCGUAUAAAAGAGCUCCUAUAAUGGGAGGGGGGCGCCGGGGAUAUGGAGAAAUUGCUGUUGGCUACAGGUACAGAGGGGAUGUGUACCAGCAUAUACAAGUGGCUCCAGAUGGAUCUCAUUGGUUCACCAGACAUCCAGCAGGUUCCUGGCCUGAUCCCCAGAGGGAGAGGAGCCUGUCCAGCCAGAAGCAACUCUACCCUGUAUAUACAACCCAGCAGCGCCCAGGUGGAGGGGUGCAGUACAUCCCCUUCGAUGAUCCCCGCAUCCGCCAUAUUUCCUCAGCCUUAGGUGGCAAUUCCCUGACGGAUGCUGACAAGAUCCGUCACAUCCGUAACGAGCUUCCCAGCGUCACCGUGUCGGAGCCUGCGCCCGACGAUAGUGCCUUUUUGCCCCCGCCAUUGGGGCCUUUCAUUGCUGCCAAACUGGCCGAUGAUGCUAACCAGACGUCUUCGAGCGACUUCGACAAUGACAAUAACAGGUGGCACAGCGAUUUGCACAAAGAGACUGUCGAUAACUUCCCAGCACCUGACCAAAACUGCAACAACAGAUAUCCCAAAAACCAACGUCCUCCUCUAUCGCCCUCUUCCGCAUUUCACGUCCCGUUAUCAAGGUCCUCUUCUCAUCAGGGGCACAGCUCGGACCAGGUCUUUGCAGAAACCAUCACCCAAGUGAAGAAAAUUGCCCCAGAUUCAGGGCUCGAGAACAACAGGAACACCAAGAGGCGAGUGAGUGAGACCAUCUUCUGCCUUGUGUCUGUUCCUGUUCACACACCAAUUAACAUUAAUAAAGACUUAUCAGCUGAUCAGAACAACAAUGAAACAAUGCCAAGCUUGGGCAUUACCAACACGGACACUUUUGCUGUAGGCCUCAAAGAAAGCCCAAAUAUUCGGAGCAAGUCUGUGAACGAGAUGCCCAUCAAAUCCCACUUUUCUCACUUUCCCACCAGCAGCACAUCCUCGUUGAGGAAUUACAAGAGGGCUCCUUUAAGAAAGGAAAUUAUAGAUGCCUGGGCACUCCAGGCCAAUGAGGACAAAGAGUUGUGCUAUGCUGGGUCAUGGCCUGGAAACCAGUACCGCAAUCAGGAAACUCAGACAGGUUCACCUUUGACAGUGGUAAAAAGUCCAGAACCCCAGAGUCCUCCUGGGGGAAAGGAGCCUGUACAGUCAGAUACAACUACAGAUAGUGGUGUGGGAACAGACAGUAACUCCUCUUACGUUUACCCUAUGGCGGGCCAGAAAAACCUUCAUCCAUCGUUCAACAGCGCCUUCUCUCGUCUUAGCGUUAGCCCAACACAAUCGGCAUUACUUCAACCAUCACAUCAAGACCCAUCGUCUCCAUCCAAGGUGCAUGACCAGAGAGACCAGCCGCUCUCUUCUCCAAGGAAAAGCAACUGUAGUCCCCCAGAAAGUGCAGAGCAAGUGGUCUUUGGUCAGUUUCUCUUAAAGCCAGUGAACCGACGUCCCUGUGAUGCCAUUGGUGAACUGGAAAGCAUUAAUAAGGAGAUGGAAGACACAAUAAGUAAAAGACCCAACACGGUGCGGUGCAUAGAUGAUCUUGACGGACUGAAUAAGAAAAUAGCUCGGUGUAAAUCAGGAGCACAUUUCACUACUGGUCCAGAACCUGGCAGGGAAGCAAUCAGUCUUCCACCAUUGCACAUAGAGAAGCCCAACAAUAUAAAAGUGAGGUCAAAGUCUUUGGCUUCAACUGCUGAUCUAGAUUCCAUGGAUGUGAGGAGUGCUUUCUCCAGACCACAGGCCAACAACAUACCACCAACAAAUGAGCUUUCCAUACUCUCCAAACAAAGCACCACUGGUAAUUGUGUGUCGUCAGUGCCCCCACACAAUGACUCCAACCGGCUCUACAGACAGGAUAUCCCUGUCCCUCAAGAGUCCUUACUUCGAGAUGUGGGGCUGACAGUCUACACAGAAACUCCUGGUGGUCCUGGGGAGCCAGUGCAGCGUUCACUCUCUGUCCCAUCUCCACUUGAUCGCAAGGCUCUUAGUCAGUCGGUGCAGCUCUCCUGGGACAUCCAGGCAGCGCUUGUUAAAAAUAGUGGUAGCCCUGAGCACAAUUCACCUAAAGAGUUUAGAGCUGGAGUUUAUAUGGAGAGAAGGGCUAAAUCAGAGAGUGCUCUGCCACUUAGAAGUGAGGUGAACUUAGGCAUUUGCAGAACCAGAAGUGAAAGCAACAGGUCCCCUCCGAAAGACAGUUCGUCACGUAUCACUAGACUCACCAGGGAGGUUUCCUUUUUGUUUGAGAAUGAUGAUGGUGAUCAGAGAUAUAGCAUACCUGAGCCUCUGACCUAUAAGAAUGAGUCUACAAUAGCAGAUAAGCACCUAGAGAACUUACUGAUUAAGGAAAAGGCCAAUGCUUUACCUGCGGUGGACCUCAGCAACUUGUAUGAGGUGAAAUGUGCAAAAGGAAUUCCUGAAAAUGAGUCAAUUGAGCAGCGGGCAGCGAGGAUCCUAGGGAUAGACGUUCCAGUGGAGGCCUUGGGUGUGGCUGAUAAACAGUCUGAGGACAAUCAGGACAAUGUGGACACCACUGUAGGUGAGAAACGACCAAGUCCAAGUGAAGAGACACAGCAGGUGAUAGGAGAGUGUGAGCAAGUCAAAGAGGAGUCCCUGAUGGUCCAGGGAACAGAUAUCCAUGAGGUUGUGGAGGAAAGAUCGGGUAUUUUCCAAGAAGAAGCUGCUAGACAAAAGCACAGCAAUGACUGCACUGAUGGUGCGGACGGCCAACAGGAUACAGAGACUCAGUCAGUACUAGACCUGCCAGAGUUCCCACCGAGUAAGCUUCCUCUAUCUCUGCCUGUCUCCCCUAAUGAGAAGCUAGCACGCAGCAUGUGCAGCGUGGAGACAAAAGAGCGUGGAGGAGCAUGCAGCAUAAUCGAUUCUCUGCAAGAUAAGCUCAACUCUACUGUGGCAUCAUCUGCCACAUCUUUGGGCAGGUCGGACAGAAUGGCCCGUCUGAAAGAAAUGGAAUCGGUGACACGGAUAAGACGACUCAGCCUCAAUGGUCCCGACUGUGGAGGCGAAGCUGAUUCUGUAGAGAGAGAUGAAGACAUGGAGGAACAUGAAGUACAGGAAGAGGCUAAGGAGGAAGUUGUCGAGCAACAACUAGAAAGAGAGGAGGAGGAAAUAAAGGAAGAAGAAAGCAAAAAGGGGGAUAACCCAAAUGAAGUUGGAAAUGCACAUGACAGGUUGGGAGAUUAUGAAGACAGAUUGCAACCAAAGGAAAAGGAUGAAGGCAUAUGUAAGGAAGAGCAAAGACUGGAAAAUGAGGUAGAGGAGAUUAAUGAUGAGAUUGCACUAAAAGCAACGCGUAAAGGGAGUAAAGAAAUAGAUGUUGAAUUAAAAAUGGAGGCACCAGAAGGAGAGAUGAAGUUGAAAAUUGUGGAGGAAGACAAAGGAGAGGUUCUGGAGAUGACAACUGAUGAGAGGAAUAUAGCAGGAGUCAGCAAAGUGGAGACGACUCCAAAGGCUGAUGGAAGAAAGUUGCCCAAACCAAAGCAACGGACCCGACUCCAGAAGCCUCCUCUGCUUCCCAAACCUCGCAGUGUUCCCAAGAGAGAAAUAACGCUCCCUCUCAGCUUCAGCACUGGGACCUGUGGCCCCUCAGAUGUGGAGGAUGAAGAAAUGCUCUCAGUCUCAGACUCAUAUGACCCCAGUCGAGUGGAGAGGGUGUAACCUGUGACCGCUGGCUUCGCUACUGAGGAUAUCCGUCUUUGUCGGGUUGACAGCCCUUUUCCAGCAACAAAGGCUUUCAUCUCACCUCAUAGCCCAGUUAGCUGUGGCCUCUGCAGCAUUGUUACACAUGACUUCUCACAGAACUAACUGUCUCGGUGCUGCGAGAGCAUUUCUAUAGCCAAACAAAAGGUCCGCGGUCUUUUCUCAACCUCGUCAUCCGUGUCCUUCUUUGGUCUCUCAACGAGUUUAUUUGCUCAAGCGAGAGGACUUCCUCCUUUUUAGAAGUUGUCUCAUUUUGCUUUUGGAAAAGUACACGUCAUUUUUUUCCCCCCGUCCCGCACUUGGGCUCCUCGCUGAGCUUCGGUGUUGAAAUAUGAAUGUAAAAGUGCUUCUGCUCAAACAAACAAAAGAAAUGUAACAGAGAAAAAAACACAACAACGCAACAGUAUUGCAUUACAAUCAGUAUUAACCUACACCAAAUGUAAAUAAGAAAGAGUUAUAAGAUUUUAUUAAGAAUAUAAAAAAUAAAUCAAUUUAAGACAUUUAAUUGCUGAAAAAAAUGUAUAUUUUCUUAUGUAUGUUAAGAAAAAGAUUAGAUUUUUGAAAGUGUAGUCUUUGGGUGUAUUACUAAUAUUAAACCCCACCCCCCACUCUUUAUUCUUAUACUUGUGUGAUAGAGAAUGUACUCAGAGUCCGGAUUGCAAAGAGAAACACUGUGGUUUGAAUAGUUUCACUCAAGAGCAAUAUAGUUGUCACACGGAACGUUUGUGACACGAUUUCAGUAGUUAUAAGUCUCUUAUUUCAACGAGCUGAUCUCAUUUGCUUUAAAGCUCCACCUUUUGGUACAAGUAUUAGAUUUGCACUGCUCAGAUUAUUGGCUUUAUGUUAACCAGGGAUAAUCUCCACAAAUACUCUUGAGGUUUCACUCGGAGGGAUUCACGUUUCACUCCCUCCCCGCUCGGCCUCGGCAUCAGCAUCAGCAGUCGCGACGUGUACCAGAAAUGUCUUUCGUUAAUCCUCACACUGUUGCAAAAGAAAAUGUAUAUUUUGUGGCAUUAACUGAAGUCUGUAUUUAACCGUGGAGUCUUUUUUGAACUUUUGUUCACAUCUCGUGUGUGUGUGUGUGUGUGUGUGUGUGUGUGUGUGUGUGUGUGUGUGUGUGUGUGUGUUUGUGUGUUUGUGUGUGGUUUUGCAGGAAACAGUAGAUGUAGCUAAACUGAUCGCAGCCUUGUGCACACUGUUUCACAUCCAGUGUCAUCAGUAUAUGAAUCCUAGUUUAAAGUGGACAUCAGCAAAUCCAUUUCACUUUAUCAAAGAUGGAAACAUGUGAUGUUCUUGGCAAUAAUGAUAAUAAUAUUUGAUAUUAAGCUGGAGACGCUUAAUGUUGAUGCUGUAUAGAUUAUUGCUGUUGGAAUACUAAUCACAGUUUAAUAAUUUAAUGCUGACAUAUCAGUGCUUUAUAAGUUGUGGGCUUAACUGGCAAUUGGUUUACACUCACGUCUCUUAUAGGGUAGCAAUAUGAGAAGUUUAAGAACACACCAAACCAAACUUUUUUGCUAUGCAUUGGACAUCAACAUUCACCGGGGUGGGGGGGUUAAUUCCAAGCUAAUACUGCAACUUCUGGUUCACCUGUUUGACCCUGUCACUCUGUGAGCUGUACUCAGUGUUGAACCCGUUGGAUCUGGUCGUAGACUUGCAUGGCUCUGACUCAAGCCUCGACGCAAGGUUUUGUCUUUGUCCCGUUACCGACCCACUCACCCGUACCUCUGUGCUCCAGGUAAAGUGUUAUCUGGUCAUUCUCGUAGGUCUUUUUGUACUCCAAGUUCUUUGUAACAUAAUCUAGACUAUUGGUGCACAUCUUGCUUUGAUAUUUUCUAUUUUCAUACAGACGUAUGUACAGCUUCUUUUUUAUGCGAAGCAUCUUUUUUGUUUCCUGUUUUUGUUGUGUUUUUUUUUUUUUCUUUUCGUUUUGUUUUUUGGUGCAUGUAAUGCGUAAGACGUCACAGACAGAUGGUGUAUUUGCAUAUAAUUGCAUUUGGUACAAUAUAGUCUAUCCAAUAAACAACUGUUAUAUUUCAUAUAAUGUAUAUUUUAUUUUCAAAAGUUAAGCUACAUAUUUAAAACAGAACAAGGUAUUUUUAGAUUAUUGUGAAAAGGGAACUGUUUUUGAGAGCGCAGUAUUUGUCUAUAUUUGGUAUGAAAUAUAGACAAGUGUGUGCUGUUGUACAGUACUGCAGACUAUUCAUAAAUAAAAGUCUUUGCAUGAAAAA